UCUGUCUCCCGGUCAGAGCGCUCCGACGUGCCAGAGUGCGUUCAGGCUGCGCGGCGUCGGACCGACAGGGGCACCCCGACAGGACGCACACACACGCACGGACUUGUGGAGAGAAAGAGCCCCGCGCCGGCGGAUGGAGCAGAACCAAAGACACGAGCGCGUGAACGGAUCUGGGUCUCACUAACGCAUCAGCUGGAGAGGAAACCGGAAGUGCGAUGCGCUGAUUGAUAUGGAUUCUUUCCUUUAUUUUUCUAUCGAUUGUGCUUUAAUUAGUGACCUCCGCUAGAGAGGAGAUCAGCGAGAGGAGGAGAGGGAGGAGCGAGAGUCCAGCGGGGUGCCUGCCUGUAGCCUUACUUCAUUAUUUCCUUUAUUUACUAAAUUAUGUUUUUGGGUUUCAUCUCCGCGUCGCUCCGCGUGCUCGUUCCCCUCAGCAGACCAGCCAGCUACACACCAAAUCUGUGAGAACCAAAAAUCCGUCGGAACCGUGCCCAAACCAAAGCGACCCAACAUCCGAGGGCACCGAGCUUACGGUCUUUACGCACAGCCGUCUGGGUCUAAUUGCGUGUGCGCUGCAGAGAGGAGCUCCAGCUGUUCACAUGGAGAUCCGUCCGUCCGGCUGCCGGGAUCAACUCUCAUAGCUUUAUUCUCCCAAAGCCAGACCGGCGGGACUCCAGGGACCAGAAAUAAAAGCCGAUCUCUCCGAGGAGACAUGGAAGUCUGUGGAGGCGCAAUCUAAGUCCCAGAAUAAAAAUCUAACCUGGUUUCCAUCACUGGACCCAUCCCAGCGGCUGUCCACCAUCCUGGGAGACACACAGCAGGCCAGAGAAGAAGAGCGGGACAGGGGACACGAGGAGACAAAAGUGAGACUAGAAUAAAAACCCAACGGCCAGCAGGUCGACGGAGGACCAUGUUUGUCCCCCUGCCCGUCCCCUUCGUCUUUCAGAGAACAGCGUCCGACUUCAGCGCCUGGAGACUCAAGUCCUCGCUGGCUCCGCGGUCCAGCCCCGAUAUCAGGAUGUCCAAAGGAUCUGAGGAGGAAAAGCCGGCAGCCGACUAUCCGGGAGACAGCUCAGACUCCAACAGGAACAGCCCCGAUGACCAGGUCCCGAUGAUGAAGAGCCUCCCGCCCUACAGCCUCUCUCCUCCUGCAGCUGGCAGCACAGGUAAAAAUGAGGAGAGUUUAGAGAUCACACACAGCACCGCUGCUCCUCCUGCGCCCUCCCAACAGCAGCAGCAGACGCAGCAUCACCACACCCAGCUGAUGCUCGCUGGCAGCCAGCUAGCAGGGCUGGCCGCCCUCCUCCCGGCCCAGCAGCAGCUCCUCCUCCAGCAGGCUCAGGCACAACUCCUGGCUGCCGCCGUCCAGCAGUCGAACGCCGCCCACGCCGCUCACGCUGCCCACGCCGCCGCGCAGCAGCAAGCCAACCAGCAUCAGAACUCCUCCCAAACCCAACUGCAUCAAACCAACAAACCGGAGCAAGCUCCGCCCCCUCAGCUGGCCCUGUCUCAGCCCAUCCAGCUGACGGCGCAGGACAUCCAGCAGCUGCUGCAGCUCCAGCAGCUGGUUCUGAUGCCGGGCCACCCCCUCCAGUCUCCGGCCCAGUUCCUCCUGUCUCAGCCUGCACAGGCCCAGCCGCCGCAGCAGAGUUUGCUGUCAACAGCUAAUCUGAUCCAGCUACCUCAGCAAAGUGCAGGAGGCCUCCUCACCAGCCCGCCUCGCAUGGGACUGCAAGCACAGAGAGAGAAGAGCAGCGAUGCUGGAAGCGGCAGCAGCAGUGGCGUCGUGGGAGCUGCCAGCGGGAGCGGCGGUGCUGUAACAUCUGUAGGAGCAACAUCUGCAUCCGGCAGCACCAUGAGCUCCUCCCUAACCUCCAGUCUGACGCCUAGCGGCCAGGGGGGUCACAUGACCGAGGAGCCCAGCGAUCUGGAGGAGCUGGAGCAGUUCGCUCGGACCUUCAAGCAGCGACGCAUAAAGCUGGGAUUCACCCAGGGGGACGUCGGCGUUGCCAUGGGGAAGCUGUACGGGAACGACUUCAGCCAGACCACCAUCUCCCGCUUCGAGGCGCUCAACCUGAGCUUUAAGAACAUGUGCAAGCUGAAGCCACUGCUGGAGAAGUGGCUGAGUGACGCAGAAACGAUGGCGGUGGACAGCAUGCUGCCUAGCCCCUCCUCCAUCUCCUCCCCCAUGCUGGGCAUCGAGGGUCUCCCGGGGCGACGCAGGAAGAAACGAACCAGCAUCGAGACCAACGUCCGCGUGGUUCUGGAGCGGAACUUCAGCGCGAACCAGAAGCCGACGUCGGAGGAGAUCCUUCUGAUGGCGGAGCAGCUGAACAUGGAGAAGGAGGUGAUUCGGGUUUGGUUCUGUAACCGCCGACAGAAGGAGAAACGGAUCAACCCGUCCAGCAGCAGCACCCCUCCCUUGUCCAGCCAGACUUCACCCGUGGUCACGCACAAAGCCCACUGCUACAGCCCCCACAUGAUAUCGAGUCAGACUCUGUCCCAGGUCACGACCAGCCUCAGCACAACAGGUGCCAGUUCGUCACCUUCAGCUUCCUGCCCCAUGACUCCAGUCAGCUCGGCGGCCAUGUUGUCUUCAGCAGCAACUCCUCCUCCUCUUCCUCCUCAGAGCACAGCCAGCCCAGUUCCUUCCGGCCUCAACUCUGGGAACACGAUGAUGGGAGUCAGCACGGGGAUGAACCAGGCCCUCAUCGGCAGUAACCCUCUGGCUACCAUGCAAGCGCUGGCAGCCUCCAGCGGUCAGCUGGCCAUCUCCAGCCUGGAAGGCGGACCUGGUCACAUGCUUGUAGGUGGACACGGGGGUCCCGCUGUCCCCACCUCCCUUCGUCCCUCUCUCUUCCUGAACCGCCCCGGUCUCCUCCCCAUGGUGACCGGCGCUUCAUCCGCCUCCGUUGGCAUGGGACUGGUCAGCGGGGGUGGGUGUGGCCCCAGGGCCUCCUUUUGCCAAUCUCCACCCACCGGCACCAGCAACCUCAUGAGCCCGACCUCCUGCCCUGAGGAGUCUGCGUCCCCUUGCUCAAGCCCCGCCUCCUUCUGUUCCUUCAGCGAAGCCUCGCCGCCCCCCCUGGGAGGAGCCAUGGCCGAGUGACGCAGAUCGCCAGCCAAAGGGUCCCAUCAGAGGAGGAGGAGGAGAAUUUAAGGAGCUUUAAAAAUCCAAAUGUACAACAUCGCCUUUGAACCAAAGCCAUCUCCGUCCGAGCUCAGCUCCUCUCCACGUUUCUCCUCUCUGAAGUCUCCUGAUGCCAAAAAUACACUCAGACGGAGGAGAGGAGGAACAGGGAGGUCCGGAGGACGGAGAAGACGGAGAGACUGCAGAGGGGGGGGGGGGGCCUGAAACCAAAUAAUGACCUACAGCUGAGGAGGUGUCGAUGAGGAGCUUUUUUUUCUUUUGUUGGAAACAAACACCAAAAACUUGACGCGGGCAGGGACGAGAGGCUGAAACCUGUUUCGUCUGCUCGAAGAGAAAAACGUUUCAAAGAAGAAAAACCAAAUUCUCCAAAUACCAAAAACUGAAACCAAAAAAAGAAAAACCAACGGAGAGAAAAGCUUUACUGACUUUCUGAUCGUCCGAUCAGAGCUUCGUGUUGCCAAACGUCCUUCAUUCCACUCAGGAUCUAUUUUUUUACUCAUUUUCUUCAUCGUGGUCACUUCUCCAGCGGAUCCCACCUGCAGGACGUCUACCUACCUCCGUCUUCACAGAUCGUCGGAUCAAAUCACAACGGUUUCGUUAACUCCUCCAAAAGAGGAGCUGCUUUUGUUUGUUUUGGUUUGUUUUUGUUGCUCUGAGCUCAGAUAAGAUCUUACAAAGUCCCACCGCAGGCAGAAGUGGGCGUGUUGUCCCGGGACUUUUCCUAUUUUUCACAUUAUUCGUCUCCUUUGAUUCCUUCUCACCACCAUUCCAUCUUCACGUCAUCCUCCAGACGUCACUCUUGGAUACCAAAGCAUCGCCUCUGGCAGCGUUCGCCUCUGGAUUCGCCCGAGAGGCGAGUGUCCAGACUAACCUCAGCAGUGUCAAAGGGAUAAAACACCUAAUGAAAUACAAAUACAAGCAUAAAAAGAGCAAAACCAAAAAAAAGAAAAGGAGGAGGCGAGACACCGGCGCUCCCCUCACUGCCCCGAACCCCUGCCCUCCAUCCCUUCUGCCCCUCUCCUUUGUCUCCAAAGAUCAGAUCAAAGGGCCAAAGAGAAAAAAGGAGGAGCGGUCAGGAGCCGAGGGUUGGAAAAGCUGUCGGGGGGUGGGGGGUGGGGGGGGGAUCAAAAACAACAAAAGUUACUCAAAACCAAACGCUACUUCUGCUGACUUACAUGUGAGUGAAACCAAAUAGAGAUGGGGGGGGGGGUAGCUCCUGUCCUGUCGUUCCAGCAGACAGACCCCCCCCCCCCACACACACACACACACACCUCCACAAAGCCAACGACCUCCGGCUUUGUUCUCACCUGGAUAGAAUAAGGAAAAACCUCAACAACAAACUGAGAAUAUAUAUUUUUGUUUCUGGCUUUCCAUUGUGUCUGUUUGUAUCGCGGUUGGGGGGGGGGGGGGGGGGGGACUGCCUUCGUCAUGUUUUUACGCCUGAUUUUAGUUUGAUUCAUGCUGGAACAAAUAACUGUGAAAACGAAGCUUCCAGGAUGGAAAAACGCUCUUCAGUCCGGAAUGUUGCUGCCAAAGCGCCGAAAGUGGGAAAAACCAAAAGCAAAACAUUUAGAUACAAAAACCAAACCAAUGCACAAGUGUGUGUGUGUGUGUGUGUGUGUGUGUGUGUGUGUGUGUGUGUGUGUGUGUGUGUGUGUGUGUAAACAAACCAAACUGUAAAACAAACAUUUGUUGGACACAAAUUGUUUUUUUAUUUCUAAACUGAAUUUCUUUUCAACCUUGAGCUUAUUUCUGUUUUCAGAGCAAACUGAUUCAGUUCAUAAUAAUAAUAAUAAUAAUAAUAAUAAUAAUAAUAACAAUACUACUACUAAUAAUAAUAAUGAUAACAAUAAUAACAAUAAUAAUAACAAUAAUAAUAACAACUAUAAUGUCAAACCCCAAAGGGAAACAAGCGUUUUAGUUUUUUUAGCCUGAUUUAGUUUUAAUUCUAACUCAGAUGCUGUAAUUUUAUCUGAGAGUCUGCAGCACAACAGGUCCAAGUCCUGGUCACCAACCGAGUGUUCAGUAUCCCUGAUGACCCAAACUCAGCAGAUAAUCUGGUUUAUAAUUCCUCUAACUCACACCGAGUCAGUGCUUAGCCAGCCCUAGUGCCAAAGACAGUUGUUGUUUCAGGAAAAACAAAAAUCGUUUAUUUCUGAUCGAACACAAACGCUCCCGUCGCUUUCGGAGUCUGGAAACUCUAUCAUAGAUGUUGUGAUACGGAAACAAGGAGGUCAAUCGUGUAAGGAAUGUUCCAACCCGCACGGAGCGUUGGAGUACAGAAACUAGACUCAGUCUGAAUAUUUAAACGAGAAUGGCAGAAAUGUUUUCUUCUGUUCCUUUUUUCUUUAAUUUAACCCAAAUUUUGUUCAUAAAGAUUUUCAUUCGAUGGUUAAAAGACAGAAAGAAAUAUGAGAUCAAGCCGUUUUCCCAUUUUCUGACCAUUAUUAUUAUUAUUAGAAGCAGAUUUCAGAUUUUCUCUGAGACUUUAAUAAUAAUAAUGUCAUCUGCAUAGAAACGAUUAAAGAUUAUUUUCUGGUUAAAAAGUUCUGACUAAUAGGCACACCGCUGGUUUCAUAUGUUCUUAUUUACAUUUAAAAAUAAAAACAACAAUAAUGGAAGUAAUACUGAUUGUUCUCUAAACUCCGGCCGUAGAUUUAAAAGCUUCAGCUUUUGUUUUUAGACGUUAGUGUUCAUAAACCUCGUUAAUAACACGUGAAUGAAGCCAGCUGGGUUGUUGUGGGUUGGAUCUGAACUCUGAAGGGAAGAAGCUCCA